UCCAUGUCAAAACAGAGAAAUUUAUAUCAUGAUGGAUUUGAGGCAUAUUUUGAGCAAACCCAGACUCGAGGAAGAAUUUCAAGAAGCUCAAUGACUAAAGCUCCAGAGCUUUCAUACGAGGAGUUUAACAGGUAUAAUAGAUUUCUUGAUUUGAUCUGUACUGAUCCCAUCAACAGCUUGAAUGAAUUAUAUGAAUUUCAGUUUUCACAGUGGCUUUUCGAACUACGAGAAGGAUUCAAUUUGGUAUUUUACGGUAUUGGUUCUAAAAGAAAGCUCUUGUUUAGUUUUGUACAAGACUUUUUAUUGCCUUUGGAUCCACAUUCGAAGUGCAUUGUCGUCAAUGGAUAUAAUACAGAAUUUAAUUUGAGAAUGCUCAUGCGAGAAAUUUGGAGGGUAUGUUUUCAUAAGUCGUUACCAACAGCAAGAGAGACGAGAGAGGCGUGUAAUUUUACUCAUCUAGAAUUUAUGAAACCAAGAAAUAGAAAUAAAAGGCUUUACAUUCUACUACAUAACAUUGAUGGUGAAUCUCUGAGAAAUGAUGAUUUACAAUACAUGCUCAGCCAGCUUGUAAUUAUUAGGCAGGUAUCCAUGAUAUGCUCAGCGGAUAACUUAAACACGCCACUUUUUUGGGAUGCAUCGGUCAUUUCAAACUUUAACUUCAUAUGGCACAACACAUCGACGUUUCACAGCUAUUCAACCGAAGUGAGUUUCAAAGAUCCAUUGAGUAUUGGUAGGUCUGAUGAGCUUCUUGGAUCGAGAGGUGCCAGAUAUGUUUUGAGUUCCUUAACAGGUAAUGCUAAGAGUUUAUACAAAAACUUGAUCUUACAACAACUUGAGAGAAUUGACACAUACAUUGGCAAUGAUACAAAACUUUUGGAUAAUAGAGGUAAUAUAAAAGGCUCCCUCAAAACCUGUGUUUUUCUUAGAGACUUUUAUGAAUUAUGUGUCACUGAAUUCAUUAUUUCUAAUGAUAUUUCAUUCCGCACCAUUUUAGGAGAGUUUGUGGAACAUAAAAUGUGCAACUUAACCAGAGACACAUCGGGCACGGAGGUUUUAUAUAUCUCAUUUACAAUCAACGAAAUGGAAAAGUUAUUA